GCUGCUGCUGGCUGGGGUCUGCGUUUGUCUGGAAUCGGAAUCUGCUGCGGCUCGCCUGAGUUUUGUGUUGUGUGUGUGUGGGGGGGGGCGGGGGCCCAGCGUGUAUGUGUCAGAGGCAGCGGCAGCAGCAGCCACAACAGGGGUAGCCGGGGCGCAAGAGGGACCGCUAAGCCGGAAUCAUGUAUCUCACCAUCAGGAUUGCGAGCGGGGAGUGGUGUGGAAAUUGUGCAACAUGCAGAUAAGAUCCCGGCUUCCUAACGACCUCUCCCGAAGAAAGAGAGCGAGCUUGCCCCGGGCAGGAGGGAGAGGAGGAAGCCAGCAUGAAGGUUGAAGUCGAUCAUUUCCACGGCCAGUGCUAGAGGGAGACCUAGAUCUGUGCAACUCGCUUCCCCGUGGCUGUUUGGUUUGGGGCCGGGGGGGACACCGGAUCGGGCUCAGCCGGGGAGGAGGGGAAGGGGUGUGUGGGGAGGGGGGUGGUGGAGAAGGAAUAACGGAGAGAGAGGCUGUGCGGUGCAUUGCACACGGACUGAGCGAGGGGAAGAGCAGGAAAAAUCGCCCCUCUCCGCGGAAGGGCCAUCGCCAUGGGCAAUGCCGGGAGCAUGGAUUCUCAGCAGACGGACUUCAGGGCUCACAACAUGCCUCUCAAGCUGCCAAUGCCCGAGCCAGGUGAACUGGAGGAGAGAUUUGCCGUCGUCCUGAAUGCAAUGAACUUGCCACCUGACAAAGCCAGGUUACUUCGGCAGUAUGACAAUGAGAAGAAAUGGGAGUUGAUCUGUGAUCAGGAAAGAUUUCAAGUGAAGAAUCCUCCACAUACAUAUAUCCAGAAAUUAAAGGGCUAUCUCGAUCCAGCAGUAACCAGGAAGAAAUUCAGAAGACGAGUCCAAGAAUCUACACAAGUACUACGAGAACUGGAAAUUUCUUUAAGAACAAAUCAUAUUGGAUGGGUCAGGGAGUUUUUGAAUGAAGAAAACAAAGGCCUGGAUGUUCUGGUGGAAUAUUUGUCAUUUGCACAGUACGCAGUCACUUUUGACUUUGAAAGCUUGGAGAACAAUGUGGAAAAUUCAAUGGAUAAAUCCAAACCUUGGAGCCGUUCCAUUGAAGACCUGCACAGAGGAAGUAACUUACCCUCGCCAGUUGGCAAUAGCAUUUCCCGCUCUGGCAGGCAUUCUACUCUACGGUAUAAUACCUUGCCGAGUAGAAGAACACUAAAAAAUUCAAGAUUAGUGAGUAAAAAAGACGAUGUUCAUGUCUGCAUCAUGUGUUUACGUGCCAUAAUGAAUUACCAGUAUGGAUUCAAUAUGGUCAUGUCCCAUCCACAUGCUGUUAAUGAAAUUGCACUAAGCCUGAACAACAAGAAUCCCAGAACAAAAGCCCUUGUCUUAGAACUGUUAGCAGCCGUUUGUCUUGUCAGAGGAGGGCAUGAAAUUAUUUUAUCUGCGUUCGAUAACUUUAAGGAGGUUUGUGGAGAGAAACAGCGCUUUGAAAAGCUGAUGGAACACUUCCGAAAUGAAGACAACAAUAUAGACUUCAUGGUGGCAUGUAUGCAGUUCAUCAACAUUGUAGUCCAUUCAGUAGAGGACAUGAAUUUCAGAGUUCAUCUCCAGUAUGAAUUUACGAAAUUAGGUCUGGACGAAUAUUUAGAUAAGCUGAAACACACAGAGAGUGACAAACUGCAGGUGCAGAUUCAAGCUUACUUGGACAAUGUUUUUGAUGUGGGAGCUUUGCUUGAAGAUGCCGAAACCAAGAACGCAGCCUUGGAAAGAGUUGAAGAACUGGAAGAAAAUAUUUCUCAUUUAUCGGAAAAACUGCAAGACACAGAGAAUGAAGCUAUGGCAAAGAUUGUGGAACUGGAAAAGCAGCUUAUGCAGAGAAACAAAGAACUGGAUGUUGUUCGAGAGAUUUACAAAGAUGCCAAUACCCAGGUUCACACAUUGAGAAAAAUGGUCAAAGAAAAAGAAGAAGCCAUCCAGCGGCAGUCAACCCUGGAGAAAAAGAUCCAUGAACUGGAAAAGCAAGGGACCAUUAAAAUUCAGAAGAAAGGUGAUGGUGACAUCUCUAUUCUUCCUGUUGCUGUGGCCUCUGGGACACUGCCAUCAGGGUCAGAAGCUACAGUUGGCGCAUUUGUGGGACCAGUGACUGGGGCUACGUCUUCAGUACCGUUGCCGCCACCUCCACCCCCAUUACCACCAACAUCUGAGACAGUGCAAAACGGUCCUGUGACAGCACCUAUGCCACCUCCGCCUCCGCCUCCACCUCUUCCUGGUCCAGCUGCAGAGACAGCCCCAGCUCCUCCACUGCCCCCCCCACCGCCACCGUCAGCACCCCCUCUGCCAGGAACAGCCUCUCCCACGGUGGUUUUCAACUCAGGGUUAGCAGAUGGGCCAAUCAAGCUUUUCUCUGUGAAAAUCAAGAAGCCAAUCAAGACAAAGUUCCGCAUGCCUGUCUUUAACUGGGUAGCUCUCAAACCCAAUCAAAUUAAUGGGACAGUCUUCAAUGAAAUUGAUGAUGAAAGGAUCCUGGAGGAUUUAAAUGUGGAUGAAUUUGAAGAAAUAUUCAAGACAAAAGCUCAAGGUCCAGCCAUUGAUCUUACUUCAAGCAAACAAAAGAUAACUCAAAAAGGGUCAAACAAAGUCACAUUAUUGGAAGCAAACAGGGCCAAAAAUCUUGCCAUCACUUUAAGAAAAGCUGGAAAGACUGCAGAUGAGAUAUGCAAAGCUAUUCAGGUAUUUGACCUGAAGACGUUGCCAGUAGAUUUUGUCGAAUGUUUGAUGCGAUUCUUGCCCACUGAGAACGAAGUGAAAGUGUUACGGCUCUAUGAGAGGGAGAGGAAACCUCUUGAGAACCUGACUGAUGAAGAUCGGUUCAUGAUGCAAUUCAGUAAGAUUGAGAGGCUGAUGCAGAAGAUGACCAUCAUGGCCUUCAUAGGCAACUUUGCAGAAAGCAUCCAAAUGCUGACACCGCAACUCCAUGCAGUAAUAGCAGCAUCUGUCUCAAUAAAGUCAUCCCAAAAGCUCAAGAAAAUACUGGAGAUAAUCUUGGCGCUUGGUAACUAUAUGAACAGCAGUAAAAGAGGAGCAGUUUAUGGAUUUAAACUACAAAGUUUAGAUCUGCUGUUAGACACAAAGUCAACGGACAGAAAACAAACGCUGUUGCACUAUAUAUCCAAUGUUGUGAAAGAGAAGUAUCACCAAGUAUCCCUCUUUUACAAUGAGCUUCAUUACGUGGAGAAAGCUGCUGCAGUGUCCCUUGAAAAUGUCCUGUUGGAUGUCAAGGAGCUCCAGCGAGGCCUGGACCUGACAAAGCGAGAAUACACCAUGCACGACCACAAUACAAUGUUGAAGGAAUUCAUUCAUAACAAUGAAGGAAAACUAAAGAAACUGCAGGAUGAUGCAAAAAUAGCCCAGGAUGCCUUUGAUGAUGCUGUGAAAUAUUUUGGGGAGAAUCCCAAGACAACUCCCCCAUCCGUCUUCUUCCCAGUCUUUGUCCGAUUUGUGAAAGCCUACAAGCAAGCAGAAGAGGAGAAUGAGUUGAGAAAGAAGCAAGAACAGGCACUAAUGGAAAAACUUCUGGAGCAAGAAGCACUGAUGGAGCAACAGGACCAAAAGUCUCCUUCUCAUAAAACAAAAAGACAGCAGCAAGAGCUAAUUGCAGAGCUACGCCGACGACAAGUCAAGGAUAACAGACAUGUGUACGAGGGGAAAGAUGGUGCAAUUGAAGACAUUAUAACAGCCCUAAAGAAGAAUAAUAUCACUAAAUUUCCAAAUGUUCACUCGAGGAUCUUAGAAACCAGCCCUACAGACGAGCCGAUGCGGUAAGGAGAAGCGUUAGGCGACGCUUUGAUGAUCAGAACUUGCGCUCUGUAAAUGGUGCUGAAAUAACCAUGUGAGCUGGAGAUUUGCAUGUGAAAAGUAGAGCGUGUGCUUGAGUGAUACCUUGUCCAUGUGAACUAUAUGUGCUACCAUUUAAUUAUAGCCUUGAAUACAGUAAAAUUACCUUCUGAAGGGCUCAAAGACAUAGAAAAUGCAUAGGAACGUAAAAGUGAUGGGCUCUCUACUCAACCAUAGCUAACAAGUGCCUAAAAGUGAAGUACCUGCUCAAAUUAAUCAAAGCAAUAGGACUUGAUUUGAUUGGGUAUCUUUUUACACCAAUACAUUAUUCAGUAUUUUUAACCAAAAUGUAAAAUACAUGAUUUUUUUUUUAUUACAUGAAAUUUAGUGAUUGGUCUUCAGUGGCCCUUCUUGAUUUCCUGACAGGUUGUAAAUAAGUAAUACUUGGAUGCAAUCUGCUGUGGACUUAAGCUUUUCAAUGCAUUCCUGUCCUGUCCACUAAGGAACUAACCUUGACCUUCAACUGCACUUAACAUUUUUUAAUAUAUAUAUUUAAGGGCUUACCAUGUGCAAGGGGGAAUUAAUUACAAAAUGAACUGUACCUUUCAACCAUACACAAACCCCUGACUAAUACAAAUGUGUUAAAGACAUAAUUCAGUGAACACAAGGUUUAUAUCAAAUGAACACAAACUAUUCUUCAUGUUCAGCUUCUGCUUUUUGUAUGCCAGUGUGCGAUAAGCAGUGAUGGAUAGUUGGGAGGGUAUGACUGCAUUGUGAAGAUAUAUGAAACAAGAAUGUUGAAUAAGACUCAUUUACUAUGUUCUUCAGAUAGAGGCAGCUUUUGAAUAACAAUGUGUAUUUAUUAAUUAGCACUAAUAUUAACAUCUCAUUAAUCAGUAUUAGGAUUUCUGAGGACCAUUACUGUUCAGUUAUUAACUCAGUGAAAUAAUCUUGUGCCCUGCUGAGAGAGGACUUUAAUACCCAUGUAUAAGCUUUAAACUUGCAUCUGCAUUGAGCAAGAAUGGUAACCCAGUAAGUAUGUUUUUCCUUUGACAAUCGAGUUCUGAUCACUUAAUACAAAGGGACAUUUGUUGUUCAAAUGCAUCCCAACUUCUAAAUUCUUAGUUUUUCUAUAUUGCAUUUUACACUUUAAAAUUGAGCUUAUUGUAUUAGGCUUGGCAAUAUUUAAAUAUAUACACAGUGCUACUGGUGCAGAUCAAUUUAUUGUUAUAAGGGAAUUUUAUUUUAUCCUACCAUGGCAGGGCACUUGAUCUAUUCCCAAGUCAAGAACUGGACUGAUGCUAAAUUUAUACUUUCAAAGAAGAUACAUUUUGCUUGUGGCUUACCGUUCCUGGUAGCAUUGCAUCAGUAUGUUAAUUGUAAAAUUUAUUGUAUAGUAUUUAACCACUGAAUUUCUUUUCUUUUAUGUUGUGCUUUAUGUGAACCACUGGUGAAGGUCCCAUUUUCCUUGAAUAAUGUGUAGUUAUAUGAAUCUGUUUUUAAAUGUACAGAUAUUUUGCUACAAAAUUGGUGCAGUUUUUUAUGGUUUUUACACUUCUCUUUAAUUCCCACUUUAGCCUCUGGGUAAUAUUGUAAAUAUUGUUUAAAAAAUGCAGCCGCCUGUGCUAUACAAUCUGAAUGUUAUUUUAACUUAUAGUUUUGUUUUUUAUAUUUAACUAAAUGGACAGUUUGGGGCUCAGUUACCACAUUGACUGCCACUUACCUAUUUACAGAAAAGUUUACAUUAAAACUGCCACCUAUUCUCUCAUUUACAGCAGCGUGUACUCAACAUGCGAAAGAGAACAUGCCAAGAUUGCCUCUUUCUUCACUGUAGUGACAAAAGAGUUUUAUUCUGUAUAAGAAAAAAUAAUUUGGCAACGUAAUUUAAGUACAUUUAUUAGUCAAAUGGGUCAAACUCAUAAGCUCAGAAGCUUUUUAUAACUUAACUCUAGACAGCAAAUAAUGUUACCAUACAAGUGGACUGUAAUAUUGGCAUGUUCUCUUUGAUGUUUUUCUAGUAAUAGACCUGCUUCUUAGCAAUAUUAGAAGUGUUUUAUAAAAGCAGUUCAUGUUACUUUUCUGGUCUGUUCAUGGCAUAUGAUCAAAUAAACUAUUUACACUACUA